AUGACGCUGGCCACUAGCUUCUUGAUUUUGUGGCUCAGCCUGGGGGGUGGCCUGGCUCAGAGUGACACCAGCCCUGACGCAGAGGAGUCCUAUUCAGACUGGGGCCUUCGGCACAUCCGGGGCAGCUUUGAAUCUGUCAACAGCUACUUCGAUUCCUUUCUGGAACUGCUGGGAGGGAAAAAUGGAGUCUGUCAGUACAGAUGCCGAUAUGGAAAGGCACCAAUGCCCAGACCUGGAUACAAGGCUCAGGAGCCCAACGGCUGCAGUUCCUAUUUCCUGGGUCUCAAGGUACCAGAAAGUAUGGACUUGGGCAUUCCAGCAAUGACCAAGUGCUGCAACCAGCUGGACGUCUGUUAUGACACUUGCGGUGCCAACAAGUAUCGCUGUGAUGCAAAAUUCCGAUGGUGUCUCCACUCUAUCUGCUCUGACCUUAAGCGGAGUCUGGGCUUUGUCUCCAACAUAGAAGUAGGCUGUGAUUCUCUGGCUGAUACUGUGUUCAACACUGUAUGGACCUUGGGCUGCCGGCCCUUUAUGAACAGUCAGCGGGCAGCCUGCAUCUGUGCAGAAGAGGAGAAAGAAGACUUAUGA